CCAUUAUUAGAAAUUUGGUGGGUCUAUUUGUCUUCAAGAUGCACCAACUUCCAUGCUAAAAGUCAGCCACGAAGAACGACAGAAGAUUAUUAACCUGGCCAAAGACUGGGUUAGGAAACGCCGUAAUUGCCGAAUGCAGACAUGCCAAACCCCAAUGCGUCCAAUUAACCCGAGCAGCCUUCUGGAUUCUGUAUGCUGGUCAAUAUCUGAACCAACUUCAUCUGCCACUAUCUAUACUGAGUCUUCCAGUGUAGAGGAUGCCAAUGACCAAGAUACAUUUGUCUUCUUUGAUGCAAAGGCAGAUGGAAAAGAAUCUGAAGCAUCAUUUGUCAACUUGUCUCGACCGCUUACAGAAAGUGAGAAGUCUGAGUUAAUAUUCAAGAGCCACUUCCUUACCAUAUUAUUCCCCGUUGAUCGAUUUUCUGAGAUGGGACCCUGUUCGAGGACAUUUUUCAGUGAUAAAGGCUUUACAUGUUUGCAGGUGUUGGAUCACAUCUAUGCAUUCUAUCAGGAAAACAUGUCAGCUGCAGAAGUAGAGGUUGCCCUUCAUACUGAUUCCAGACAUGCUGACCGGCUGCGAUCAGUGUAUUCUAGUAAAACAACUGCAGAGCUUGGUUAUUUGGAAUUCAAGCGGAUUGACUUUUUGGGAAGUCGUAAAAGUUUUGAAAUGUUGAAGCGUGUGUCGGGGGAUAAUAACAGUAAUGUUUAUGAGUUGUUAAUCAGAGCCUAGGUCACACUUGAGAAACUGCUGAACUUGGUUUGUGAAGGUGGUGGCAACUAGUGCUGGUAUUUCAACUGAUAAUAUAAGUCAGUGCUUGGAAAACAGGUCAAGCUGUCAAUCGCAUCAGCAAAGCAGCUUUUGAAACCAUGUGAAUGCCAACCAUACCAUAUCAUGCCACUAGUCUGUUGUUUUUUGAUCAGUUUGAACUUUCAUAUGAUGGCCUCAAUAUGUACAUAUGGUUCUGCUACGUAGCCUCACUUUUGAAGGCGAAGAGAUGUAAGAUUUCAAUGUUGUGUUGUUCGUUUGGUUUGAAAAUAGUGAUCAAAUGAAAUUGUUUAGACAUAUACAGUUCUGCUUAGGGAUAACCAUGAAAAACGAAAGGUAAAUAGUAUAUCUGUAUUGGUUCAAUAUGUUGCAGCACCCUCUUUUUUUGGGGAAGCAUAUUCUUGAUGAAUAAUUAUGAAUCAGUAUGCUCCUGUCCUGUGUUGGAA